CCCAUCUCCCCCCCAUUUUCUUCUUAUUCGAUCUCGCGCUUUCUCUGCAAGAAUCAUAUCUACCAUUCAGAGUUUUCUUGCUCACUGAAUAAUAGCAAAGGAGGGUUCAAUAACAUUUACUUAUUGGAAUUCUUGAAUCUCAGAUCUUCCUAGCUUCUUUAAUCAUGGGAAACUACGUCUCUUGCAAGCUAGCGAACCCAUUAUUACUCAAGAACUCAAAAUCAACAAAAGUGAUCUUCCCAUCCGGAGAAAUUGGCCAAAUCCACCAACCCACCAAAGCUGCUGAGCUCAUGAUGGAGACACCAAACUUCUUCAUCGUUAACUCCAAGUCCCUGAAAAUUGGUCGGAGAUUUUGUGCUCUCAAUGCUGACGAUGAUCUUCAAAAGGCAAAUGUGUACAUCAUGUAUCUCAUGUAUAGAAAGUACUCUGUGGUUACAGCAAGCGACUUGGGUGCUUUGUUCAUGGGAGCCAACUCUGCAGUGAAACGGGUUUCGGGAGGGAAAGUAAGGUUCCGGCCGGAUACUACUUCAGAUACGGCCGUGGACGGGGUGGCGGUUCCCAGGCUGAGCUUGGAAGGUACAGAAGAAGUUUCGACACCAGAGUUUAGGCAUAGGAUGUCCAUGUCACGGUCAAGGAAGCCAUUGUUGGCAACCAUAGAUGAAGAGCCAGUUCGUUCAAGAUGAUAAUGGGUUCUUCUAUGGAUUUUAAGGUCCUGGUUUUGUUUUAGGACAAAAGAAAAAUUAUGUUUUGGGAACAAAAUCUAUAAAUUGAGCCCAAUUACAAAAUUAAAUGUACACGAUUAUUUUCUCUUUUU